GACGCCGAGCAGCGCGGCCGCCCUGGGCCGGGCAGAGCCAGGCCAGACUGGGGUCGCGGGGGGCGCCAUGUGGGAGGCCCGGACCGCCCCCUUCUGUCCGCGGCAGCUGCCGAAUCUGCUGCUGCUGCCUCUAUUGUUUCUGUUGUUACACCGGACUCGUCCCCAGGGCAGCUCGGGGCCACUGCAGUGCUACGGAGUUGGACCCGUUGGUGACUUGAACUGCUCGUGGGAGCCUCUCGGGGACCUGGGAGCUCCCUCCAGGCUGCACCUCCAGAGCCAGAAGUACCAUUCCUACAGAACCCAGACUGUGGCAGUGCCCACCGGGCAGAGCUGGGUGACCAUUCCGCGGGAACAGCUUACCAUGUUUGACAAACUCCUUGUCUGGGUGACUGAGGCAGGCCAGCCUCUCGGGCCCCCAGUCUUCGUGAACCUGGAAACUCAAAUGAAACCGAGCACCCCCUGGCUGUGCCCUGAUGUGGACUUUUCUGAAGACGACCCCUUGGAGGCCAUUAUCCAAUGGGCUCCACCUAUGUGGCCAUCCCACAAAGUUCUUAUUUGCCAGUUCUACUACCGAAGAUGCCAGGAGGUGGCCUGGACCCCGCUGGAACCAGAACUGAAGUCCAUCCCCCUGACUCCUAUUGAGAUCCAGGACCUAGAGCUAGCCACUGGCUACGAGGUGUCUGGACGAUGCCGAAUGGAGACAGAAGACAAACUGUGGGGCGAGUGGAGCCCCAUUCUGUCAUUCCAAACACCACCCUCUGCUCCAAAAGAUGUGUGGGUAUCAGGGAACCUCUGUGGGAUGCCAAAUGGAAAGGAACUGCUGCUUCUUUGGAUGGCCCCGGGGCCCUGCGUGCAGGUGAGCUAUAGAGUCGGGUUCUGGGAUGGAGAGCAGGAGCUGGUUCGGGAAGGGAUCUCCUGCUGCAGCUCGUCCAUCCCCUCCUGGGCAGAGUGGGCCUGGGUGUCCGCUGUCAAUGCCACAAGCUGGGAGCCUCUCACCAACCUCUCUUUGGUCUGCUUGGCUCCAGGCUCUGCCCCCCAUGGUGUGGUGGUCAGCAGCAUUGCUGGGAGCAUGGAGCUGCUGGUGACCUGGCGACAGGGGCCCGGGGAGCCACGGGAGCAUGUGGUGGACUGGGUUCGAGAUGGGGACCCCCUGGAGGACCUCAACUGGGUCCGGCUUCCCCCUGGAAACCUCAGUGCUCUGUUACCAGGGGAGUUUGAAGGCGGAGUCCCCUAUCGCAUCACCGUGACUGCGGUCUCUCCUUGGGGCUUGGACCCUGCCCCCUCAGUCUGGGGGUUCAAAGAGGAACUAGCACCCAUAGCGGGGCCAGUGCUUUGGCGACUGCAGGAUGCCCCCCCAGGAACCCCCGUCAUAGCGUGGGGAGAGGUCCCAAGGCGCCAGCUCCGGGGCCAUCUCACCCGGUACACCUUGUGUGCGCAGAGUGAGAACAGAACCUCGAUCUGCGUAAAUGUGAGUGCCAGUGCCCGGAAUGCCACCCUGCCUGACCUUCAAUGGGGUCCCUGUAAGCUGUGGAUGACUGCAUCCACCAUUGCAGGGCAGGGCCCACCUGGUCCCAGCCUCUGGCUUCACCUACCAGAUAACACCAUAAGGUGGAAAGUUCUGCCAGGUGUCCUGUUCCUUUGGGGCUUGUUCCUGAUGGGCUGUGGCCUCAGCCUAGCCACUCCUGGAAGGUGCCUCCACCUGUGGCACAAAGUGCUGCCCCACUGGGUCCAGGAGAAGGUUCCUGAUCCUGCCAACAGCAAUUCUGGCCAGCCCCACAUGGAGGAAGUGCCCCAGGCCCAGCCCUUCAGGGACUUUCCCAUCCUGGAGGUGGAGGAGAUGGAGCCACUGCCAGUUACAGAGCCCCCCCAGGCCUCCGCCCCGCUUGACACUGGGUAUGAGAAACAUUUUCUGCCCACACCCGAGGAGCUGGGCCUUCUGGGGCCCCCCAGACCCCAGGUUCUGGUUUGAACCUUACCCCAACUUGGGGUCUGCAAGCCAAACUAGAGGGGUGCUCAUGCAAGCUGCACCCCGGUCCUGGAUUAGCUGUCUUGACAGAUGAAGACACUGAGGUUCAAAGAGGCUGAGCCACUUGCCUGAGACACCCAGCUAGGAAGAACUGGGACUGAAGGACCCCUACAGAGAGGGACCUGGCCCCAACAGGGAAUGUGUGGAUAGGUGAGGGAGCCAAGGAAAAUAUAUGAAAUUGAGAGUGGAAGCUGUCUCCUGAAAUCUGUCCUUCUGCUGUAACAGAACUGUAUUUGGGCAUGAUCCCAGCCUCCCUUGCAGCUAGGUACAGCCAUGGACUGAGUUCUCAACAACAGAACAUGGGCAAAAGUGAUGUGUGCGAACACCAAGUCUGGAUGGGACUUUAAAACACUGGGUGGGGGUUCCUCCACACUCCCUUCCCUUCUCUAUGAGCCGGAUCAUAAAUGUGCCCCAUGAUCCAGCUUUGGCCAUACCCAAGGGGAGGGGAGGACAAGAAAUGGAAAGGAACCUGAAUCCCUGAG